AUGCAACCGAAAUCUUCUAAACAAAAUAAUUUUAUCGCCAGAGUCAAAAUCUUUACCUCCAGAUUACGGUUUCAUUGAAUGGAGAGGGAGACUGCACUCCCUAAGGACGAUCCUGAGGUUGCUACAUAUAGGGAGACAGAGGAAGUAGGAAUAAGUAGUAAAGACGGAGAAAAUGAAGAGGAACCCGAAUCAGUUGUCGAUGGCGUCUCUGGCAGUGAUACCAAUGAGGUGGAAGUGGGGAAAAAUAUUGACGAGCUCAGCCCAAAUAUUUCUUGUCCAGAACUGCCCAAAGUUCUUCUCCAUCGUAUUUUAACGGAUGCACAUUGUCCGAAACCCACUGAACCUGCGAAGAAAGAUGGUGGUUUUUGUUGGAUAAUCGUCAUCGCUAGUUUUCUGUCAUGGUUCUUGUUUGCCGGUACCCGAAGCAGUAUUGGACUUAUCCAGGAAGAAUUUGAGAAGAGAUUAAAAGACAGCCCCACGGGACUAUCGUGGACAGGGGCAAUGGUAAAUGCCAUUCCUCUUUUACUAGCUCCAGUUAUAUCAGUUUUAACGAGAAUCACAAGCUGCGGAUUUCUGACAUCUUUAGGCGGCGUCAUCACUUUUGCUGGAUUUUUGCUGGUGACAUUCACUGACACAGUACCUUUGAUUUUAGUAGGUUUGGGACUAUUUCCUGGCUUGGGGUUAGGCCUAAUGGCACUUCCAUCAACAUUUAUGGUCAGUGAUUGUUUUGAUAGUAGACGAGGUCUUGUCAUAGCAUUGAGUACUGCUGGUGGAGGUUUGGGAUUCAUUGUUUUCCCGAUCUUGUUCUCCUUUAUGGUCAACUUUUAUGGUCUAAAGGGAACGCUUUUGGUCUGUUCUGCUCUCUACCUAAACGGGUUUCUCUUCGGUAUUAUAUACCGUCAAAAGGAAAAGCAACCAAAGAAAAUCGAAAAAAAAUCAACUUUCUCAGAAAUGAAGAGGACCUUUUGCGACAAAGAUGUCUUCUGUUCCUAUAACUUCUUUCCAAUGAUAUUUUCAAACAUGAUGUUUGGUGCCUCCGACACCAUUCCAUUCCUGUUUAUACCUUCAAAGGCCGAAAGACUUGGUUUCUCGUUGGAAUUGUCGGCCAUGUUGAUUUCUGCUAUUGGUUUUACUAGCAUCACUGGAAGAAUAGGGAUCGGAAUUCUCACUGGGAAAUCUCAGUGCAGACGACUAGGAUCCUUCAUCGCUGCAUUUCUCAUUAGUUCGGUUUCUAUGGCUCUGUACGCCUUUGCAGAAAGAUACGUUAUUCUUAUCAUAGGUAGUUGCGUUUUUGGAGUGUCAACAGGUUCCCUUUACAGCCUACAAUCUAUGGUUUUGAUAGACCUGUUUGGUAUUGACAGAUUAGUAACCAGUUAUGGCGUGAUCAAUUUAAGUUUUGGAGUCGGAUCUUUGAUGGCCGGUCCAGCGACAAGUGCUUUGUCUGUGCUAGUGGAUGACGCCGACUUUCCUUUCUAUACCGCUGGAGUAAUGAUGGCCUUGGGUGCCGUGUCCUUGGGCUUCACUAAAUGUUCUUGUAAAAGACUGAAAUCAACACCACAGAGUGAUUUGGAGUCUUCUGACUUGAGUGCGAUCUUCGUCAUUAGUCACACACCUACUAUCGGGGCACCUGCUGCUUAAAAAUAGAAAGAUCAUCGCUCGCUGCUUUCAGUCAAUCUGGAUACAUAAUAGUUCCGAAAUAAACUUUGUUGCUUUGCUUUUGAUAUCCAGGUCAAACUUUUUUCAUCUAGAUUCAUUUGAUUUUUUGGACAAAAUUGGGUGAGACUCCAAAGUUUGCUUUUCAAAAGAAAAAAAAUCUACACAAAAAGAUCCUUUAUAUUUUAAAAGAUAUGAAACUUAAAUACUAUUGAGACCAUACAAAGUAAAUUUAGUUACUUCUAUAGCUAAUGUUGGUAAUUUUCUGCGAUUUUUGCGAGUCUCAUGAAUUUGCAAAACCUUUGUUCUUAAAAAGCAUGCUAAGUGCACUUUUUUGAUAAUGCAUUUGCUCUUGGGUUUAUAGAAUGUUAAGGAAUUGAAUCUUUAUAUUUAGAUUAUCAUUAUUAUUCACAAUAUAAACAGAGACCAGGAAUUAGUAGUAAUAUGUUAAUUUUCAAUCAAUGAUUUUUAUUAUGAUUACAAAAAGAAAAUGAUGGCAUAUACCUACAAUGUAACACUUAAGUCUUAUUCCGAUAUAACUUUAACUAUUGUUAUGUAUAUUCUUUUGGGGGUGCAAUAAAUUUGAUCAAUAAU